UACUAAAACCGUCGUCAAUAUGGAAGUAUACCGAACAUAUUUCCUUCAGUCUAAUACUAUUUAUUCUGUUAUUUAAUAGUUUAUAUCUAUAACACGCUCAUAAAAAUAGGAAGUGCAAUUUGGAAUAGAAUAUGCCAUCAAAACCAAACAAUCUCUCUUCUGAGAGUCAUGCUAAUGACACAACCCUGGAGUUGAUGAUUCCGGACGGCUUCAGCGAUCAAAGACUAACGCAACCUGGACAACUGCUCAAGUUUGAGCAUUUAAAUUUAUCGUUAAAAGGAAAAAAAAUUCUUCAAGAUGUCAGCGGAUGCGCCCACCCAGGAAAAGUGUUUGCAGUUAUGGGGCCAAGUGGUUCUGGCAAAACUACGUUGCUAAACAUCAUUGGAGGUCGAAUACACCAGAAUAGUGGAAAGGCGUGGAUUGGUGGACAACCUUUAACAAAACAAACAAGACGAAAAAUAAGUUAUGUUUUACAAAAUGACAUUUUUUUCGCGAAUUUAACAUUGGGGCAAACUUUGAUGUUUUCAGCUGAAUUGCGACUUUCUGAAAAAUGGCCCCGGAAAGUUAAAGAAGGUAUUGUGAAAGAAAUUGUGGACCAACUGGAAAUUGAUAAUUGCAUGAACACAAUCAUCGGCAACAAUAUGAUUCGGGGUUUAUCAGGAGGGGAAAAGAAAAGGGCAAACAUUGCAAAUGAAUUGUUGACAGAUCCUGCUGUUUUAUUGCUCGAUGAACCGACGUCUGGUUUGGAUAGUGCGACAGCUUACGGACUUAUUAUGACGCUGAAACAGUAUGCUGUUAAAACUAACAAAACCGUAUUGAUGACAGUUCAUCAACCUUCUUCACAGAUGUUUUUUCUCUUCGAUACAAUAUUGUUGUUGACGGAAGGAAAGAUAGCGUAUUAUGGUUCACCGAAUGACGUACUUGAUCAUUUUGCCGAACUCGGUCAUUCUUGUGACAUUCCACAUUAUAACCCUGCCGAUUUCAUAUUGGAUAUGACGAAAUUGGAAGCUGAUGAGAUUGAUAGCAUAAUAUCAUCGUCCAACAAACUUCGUCUCACAAAUCAAGACUGCCCAAUCCGCCGAAGUACGUUUACAGGGAAACCACUCAGCAAAUCAGCAAUUGAAGAUGUAGAACGAGAGAAACAAGGUGAUACAUCGAACGAAAUAGAAAUAACCACAAAGGAAAGCAGUGCAAUGCUCAUCACCAACGAGGAAAAAAUUGGAAACGGGAGUCUCAAUGGAUCAUUGAGAAAUAGCAGUCGUCAAGAUUAUAUUAUGGGAGACAGUGAAUCGUCAGAAUCAGGCAGCAUGGAAACAGACGAAAUCGAAUCACGUAAACGCCAUACGUGGGCUACUUCUUUUUGGAAGCAACUGCGUGUUCUAACUCAACGAAGUUUUAUCCAAGGAAAAGCUCGAUACUUUUCAAAGUUGAAGUUUAUCAAAUGUAUUGGUGUCGCAUUGAUUGCUGGACUGAUGUGGUUUCAAAUUGGAGUUGGAUUCCCAACAGAAGACAAAAUCAGAGACAUAACGGCCCUGUAUUUCUUCUCAACACUCUACAGCAGCUUUGAUCCUUUAUUUGAUGUUUUACAAUUGUUUCCGAGUGAACGUACUGUGAUAAAUAAGGAAAGGAUGGCGGGAUCGUAUCGUCUAUCAGCAUAUUAUUUAGCUAAGCUAGCGAGUGAAUUGCCAUUAACUCUGAUGCUGCCGACCAUAUACACCACUAUAACAUAUUGGAUGGCCGGAUUGAACGGUUUAAAUCACCCAUGGACAUUUUUUGGAUAUUUAGUUGUGAUAUUAACGCAGGCAUUGGCGGCACAGUCACUAGGAUUGUUCAUUAGUGCAGCAACGCUAGAUUUUGAUCACGGACUCGUGUUGGCGGUUCUAAUGAUGAUGUCAUUCUUAUUAGUUGGCGGAUUUUACGUUAAAAAUCUUCCAACGUGGCUUACAUGGUUCAAAUAUGUAUCACCGAUUACUCAUGCGUGGUCUCUGGGAUUAUAUUUGGAGUUUGAUUCAGAUAACAGAAUUAUAUGCGACCCAAAGCUAAGCUCAUUCCAAUCUUGCAAAAAUCAGAUGAGCAACGGCACAAUAUCGACAUACGAUAGCAACAGUACUGGUAUUUUGAUGACCGAACAGAACAGUACCUAUUAUGUUGCUUAUCAAGAAAUUUUGGAACAAAAUCAAGUCUACGAACCAGCGUGGGUUGCCAUUGUGUCAUUACUUACAAUAAUGUGUGUUUUUAGACUUUUGGGAUAUAUUUGUUUACGUUUGUUCCAUAAACCUGUUAUGAAAUAGGAUUAUUCGGUUUUACUAAUUAUUCUUGGGAUGUUUUGUGAAAACCAAACUGAAUUUCGAUGUUACUGACACUGUAAAUUUCAUUCCCUCUCCAGUGUCAAUAUGUUGGAAUUAUCACCCUUUUCCAGCGUUAUUAAGAGUAUUUUACUAGAAGACCCCUGUGGUCGGUCGUUUUUCUGUCUCUGUGUCUAGCUGUAGCGUCUAAACUACUGAGCCAAUCUGGUUAAAAUUUCUCACGUGGGUUAUGCUGUCACCAGGUUUGUCCAUGAUACAUAUUUUGCUAUUCCACCCCAUAGCAAUUUAUGCCUGUCCCAUCCCAUGGGAUUCCCAUUGGAAUACAAGUCAAUAAAAAAUUGUUAAAUUUAGGUUUAGCGUCUACUAAAUAGGACUGCAUGUACGAAGAGACAUGCAAAACAACAAAAUU